AUGGGCAAGUCUGGGUCAGUCUCUUGUGGGGUCACUGCUCCUUUCUGCUGGAUCCUGGUGUGCACAAGGUUCUGUUUGCAUCCUCCCAGAGUCUAUUUCCCAGUCCUAUAUAAGUUCUGGCAGCUUUAUGGGGGGUUAAUGGUGACCUCCUCCAAGAAGGCUUAUACCAUGCCCAAGUCUGCUGCACCCAGAGCCCCUGCCCCUGCAGCAGUCCACUGCCGACCCGCACCUCCACAGGAGACGCUCAAACACAGCUCUGUCUCAGUCUCUGUGGGGUUCCUGGGUCCUGGUGCGAACAACAUUUGUUUGAGCCCUCCGAGCAUCUCUGGCAGGAAUGGGGUUUGA